AUGGUGGGGAGGAGGGUGAUGUGGGCGAUGCGAGGGGGGGAACGAGAGGUGGUUCUCGGCGGCGGGGGAGGGGGAGCGCGGCGUGCGGCCAUUGCGAGCAGCUCGGGGUGCCUUUCGGGCACUGGUGGCUUCGGCGGAUGCUGGCCUCGGGCGCGAACGGGUGGCGAUGCGUCAGUGUCGCUGCCGCUGGGAUACGAGUGGAGCCUCCGCAAUGGCCCUUCGCCUCUGCCGCUGCGUUCGACCGGUUUCGCGAAAGUUUGGAGCUCGUCUAGUAGCGCAUCGAGGGCGUUCUCUGGCCGCACGUCCGCUGUUCCCCUGGACGUACACACUCGCCCGGCGCCGGCUGCCUAUUUACCAGUCCACGCUAUUUUAGUUUGUUCAAUUUCCAAACAAAUGAAUGCACACAGAAACUUGGCUUCACUUCUCGUGAAAAGACCUCCUAAGACUAAGUUAAGUGCAAAACCCACCGCUUAA